AUGCCACUCACACCUGGUUCACAAUCAACGCUCGAAGAUACCAAUGACGACUUGCUUCACUUGCUUACCGACAACUGGAAUAGUCCUCUUAAGGAGACUAUCAAAGACGCUCGAUGGAUCCGAGAUUAUCUAACGCGUCUCACUUCUCUUUCACUCGAUGCACUUUUACAUGAACCAGUCGAACUUAAGGAAGAACAGACAAAAGCUAUACAGGAUGCACAACUGUUAGCUUUUCGCGAGUACCCUUCUUUUCUUCAUGCUCAAACUUGUCGUCAACAGGUGGAAGAAACAAUUGACGGCCUUGAUGUCCAUUUAGGCAAGUUCAUCUCGUCUGUACCUGAACUAGAAGAAGCUUGUAAAGUAUUUGAAGAACACGCAAAAACGAUCAAGGAGGAACGCAACAAGAUAACAAGCGUACUUGAAUACCAAAAUGUCUUGACAGAUUUGCUUGAAAUUCCUCAAUUGAUGGAAACAUGUGUUCGCAAUGGAUAUUAUUCAGAAGCGAUGAACUUGGCUUCGCAUGUUCGAUUACUGCAAGUGAGAUACCCUCUUCCUGUGAUCAAGUCAAUACAGGAACAGGUACAGGCGUCUUCCGAUUUGAUGCUCGUACAAUUAAUUUCACAUUUAAGGAAGCCUAUCCGACUAGCAGCAGCUAUGAACAUGGUUGGGUUUUUGCGACGUAUGGAUGUAUUCGAAUCAGAGACAGAGCUACGCAUGGUGUUCCUAAGAUGUAGACAUGAUUGCUUACAACAAAGACUGACACGCAUUAAAAGAGAUAUUUCAGAAGAUAGUCGACAAAAAAGCGUAGAUGCAUUUGAAUACGUCAAAAAGUUUGUAGAUGUGAUGCGUGAACAAAUGUUUGAAAUUGGUACACAAUAUGUGUCUAUCUUCUCAAAUGAACAAAGCACUAUUUUAUCUGAUUAUAUGGUGCAUAUCACACAGUUAAUCAAAUCAACAUUGGACACUUAUUUGCCUAUGGUCGAAGAUACUUCUUCUUUGGCUUCUUUAUUGACUCAGUUGCAAUACUGUGGUAUGUCUCUGGGCCGGAUUGGUCUUGAUUUCAGAAACAUUUUU